GCAUCUUGAGAUAGGAUUGCAGAUCGUCUCUCUAUGCCACGUUCACUUCCGCAGGGUUCUCUAAAUGGACGGCGGCGUUUCGUCAGGCGGGCCAGACGUAAUGGUUAUGUAUUGUCACUUGCUCCACUCAUCACCUAAUGUGGACGCAUACUUGAGUAUUUUGUAACGUCGAUAGCAAGAAUGCACGGCAUUUGCAUGGACCGUGAGUGAGGGUGUGACGACAUGCGUGGCGACUUAGCUAACACCGGGACGACACCUCCCCUCUCUCCAGACCGCAUUUAACUCACAGCCUAGCAGCACCUUAAAGUAAUACAUUUAAAUCCAUUACGCGCAAAGAUCGAAAACCACAACAUGCCUAAGCUGAACUUCACAAGCAAGAAUAUUACAAGCGGAAGAUAUGUUGUCUUCAUUGUGACGCUGUGGGUUAUUCUGCUAUGCAGCGCAGACGCAAGCUCACCAUCUGGCACGGAAGAGACAUACGCAACGUCUCCGGAUGAAUUCACGUUAGCGGAAACAGACGCUACCGAGACGCCGCUAGCCGUGAAUUCCACAGAGGAAUCAACAGACGAUCCGGAAGCAGAUUUAACACAAGCAGUGACGGUAGAAGCAGGCGUCUCGGAUUCAACAAAUGAUGACGAUGUCACUGAAACACCAGAUUUUACCGAAGCAGUGACUGGAGAAACAGACGUUCCCGAUUCAACAACUGAUGACGACAUCACUUCAACACCAGAUUUUACAGAAGCAAUAACGGAACAAACGGAAGUCCCCAAAUCAACGAAUGACGACAGCACUUCGACACAAGACAAAGAUGUUCCAACAUUACCUACAGAUGAACCUGACCCUACCUCCUCAGAAGAUUUACCAUCAUCACCAGAACCAACAAACACAGAGUUCCCAACAUCACCUCCAGAUGAACCUGAAUCUACUCCUACAGAAGAUAUAAUAUCAUCAACAGAAUCAACAAAUACAGACUUCACAACAUUACCUACAGAUGAACCUAGUCCUACUCCUACAGAAGAAUUCACAUCAUCACCAGAACCAACAAAUACAGACUUCACAACAUUACCUACAGAUGAUGCUAGUCCUACUCCUACAGAAGAAUUAACGUCAUCACCAGAACCAUCAGACACAGAGUUCCCAACAUCACCUCCAGAUGAACCUGAAUCUACUCCUACAGAACAUAUAAUAUCAUCAGCAGAACCAACAAAUACAGACUUCACAACAUUACCUACAGAUGAACCUAGUCCUACCCCUACAGAAGAUAUAACAUCACCAGAACCAACAAAUACAGACUUCACAACAUUACCUACAGAUGAACCUAGUCCUACGCCUCCAGAAGAAUUAAUAUCAUCACCAGAACCAUCAGACACAGACUUCCCAACAUCACCUACAGAUGAACCUGGUCCUACCCCUACAGAAGAUAUAACAUCACUAGAACCAUCAGACACAGACUUCACAACAUCACCUACAGAUGAACCUAAUCCUACCCCUACAGAAGAUAUAACAUUACCAGAACCAACAAAUACAGACUUCACAACAUUACCUACAGAUGAACCUAGUCCUACCCCUACGGAAGAUGUAACAUCAGCAGAACCAACAAAUACAGACUUCACAACAUUACCUACAGAUGAACCAAGUCCUACCCCUUCGGAAGAUAUAACAUCACCAGAACCAACAUAUACAGACUUCACAACAUUACCUACAGAUGAACCAAGUCCUACCCCUUCGGAAGAUGUAACAUCACCAGAACCAUCAGACACAGACUUCCCAACAUCACCUACAGAUGAACCUGGUCCUACCCCUACAGAAGAUAUAACAUCACCAGAACCAUCAGACACAGACUUCCCAACAUUACCUACAGAUGAACCUAAUCCUACCCCUACAGAAGAUAUAACAUUACCAGAACCAACAAAUACAGACUUCACAACAUUACCUACAAAUGAACCUAGUCCUACCCCUACGGAAGAUGUAACAUCAGCAGAACCAUCAGACACAGACUUCACAACAUUACCUACAGAUGAACCUAAUCCUACCCCUACAGAAGAUAUAACAUUACCAGAACCAACAAAUACAGACUUCACAACAUUACCUACAGAUGAACCUAGUCCUACCCCUACGGAAGAUGUAACAUCAGCAGAACCAACAAAUACAGACUUCACAACAUUACCUACAGAUGAACCAAGUCCUACCCCUUCGGAAGAUAUAACAUCACCAGAACCAACAUAUACAGACUUCACAACAUUACCUACAGAUGAACCAAGUCCUACCCCUUCGGAAGAUGUAACAUCACCAGAACCACCAGACACAGACUUCCCAACAUUACCUACAGAUGAACCUAAUCCUACCCCUACAGAAGAUAUAACAUUACCAGAACCAACAAAUACGGACUUCACAACAUUACCUACAGAUGAACCUAGUCCUACUCCUACGGAAGAUAUAACAUCACCAGAACCAACAAAUACGGACUUCACAACAUUACCUACAGAUGAACCUAGUCCUACCCCUACGGAAGAUGUAACAUCAGCAGAACCAUCAGACACAGACUUCACAACAUCACCUACAGAUGAACCUAAUCCUACCCCUACAGAAGAUAUAACAUUACCAGAACCAACAAAUACAGACUUCACAACAUUACCUACAGAUGAACCUAGUCCUACCCCUACGGAAGAUGUAACAUCAGCAGAACCAACAAAUACAGACUUCACAACAUUACCUACAAAUGAACCAAGUCCUACCCCUUCGGAAGAUAUAACAUCACCAGAACCAACAUAUACAGACUUCACAACAUUACCUACAGAUGAACCUAGUCCUACUCCUACGGAAGAUAUAACAUCACCAGAAACAACAAAUACGGACUUCACAACAUUACCUACAGAUGAACCUAGUCCUACCCCUACGGAAGAUGUAACAUCAGCAGAACCAUCAGACACAGACUUCACAACAUUACCUACAGAUGAACCUAAUCCUACCCCUACAGAAGAUAUAACAUUACCAGAACCAACAAAUACAGACUUCACAACAUUACCUACAGAUGAACCUAGUCCUACCCCUACGGAAGAUGUAACAUCAGCAGAACCAACAAAUAUGGACUUCACAACAUUACCUACAGAUGAACCUAGUCCUACCCCUACGGAAGAUAUAACAUCACCAGAACCAACAAAUACAGACUUCACAACAUUACCUACAGAUGAACCUAGUCCUACCCCUACGGAAGAUAUAACAUCCGCAGAACCAACAAAUACGGACUUCACAACAUUACCUACAGAUGAACCUAGUCCUACCCCUACGGAAGAUGUAACAUCAACAGAACCAACAAAUACGGACUUCACAACAUUACCUACAGAUGAACCAAGUCCUACCCCUACAGAAGAUGUAACAUCUCCAGAACCAACAAAUACAGACUUCUCAACAUUACCUACAGAUAAACCUAGUCCUACCCCUACAGAAGAUAUAACAUUACCAGAACCAACAAAUACAGACUUCACAACAUUACCUACAGAUGAACCUAGUCCUACCCCUAUGGAAGAUAUAACAUCACCAGAACAAACAAAUACAGACUUCACGACAUUACCUACAGAUGAACCUAGUCCUACCCCUACGGAAGAUGUAACAUCAACAGAACCAACAAAUACGGACUUCACAACAUUACCUACAGAUGAAUCUAGUCCUACCCCUACAGAAGAUAUAACAUUACCAGAACCAACAAAUACAGACUUCACAACAUUACCUACAGAUGUACCUAGUCCUACCCCUACGGAAGAUGUAACAUCACCAGAACCAACAAAUACAGACGUCACAACAUUACCUACAGAUGAACCUAGUCCUACCCCUACGGAAGAUAUAACAUCCGCAGAACCAACAUAUACAGACUUCACAACAUUACCUACAGAUGAACCUAGUCGUACCCCUACGGAAGAUGUAACAUCACCAGAACCAGCAAAUACAGACUUCACAACAUCACCUACAGAUGAACCUCGUCCUACCCCUACGGAAGAUGUAACAUCAGCAGAACCAACAAAUGCAGACUUCACAACAUUACCUACAGAUGAACCUAGUCCUACCCCUACAGAAGAUGUAACAUCAGCAGAACCAACAUAUACAGACUUCUCAACAUUACCUACAGAUAUACCGAGUCCUACACCUACGGAAGAUAUAACAUCACCAGAACCAACAAAUACAGACUUCACAACAUUACCUACAGAUGAACCUAGUCCUACCCCUAUGAAAGAUGUAACAUCACCAGAACCGACAAUCACAGAGUUCCCAACAUCACCUCCAGAUGAACCUGAAUCUACUCCUACAGAAUAUAUAAUAUCAUCAACAGAACCAACAAACACAGACUUCACAACAUUACCUACAGAUGAACCUAGUUCUACCCCUACGGAAGAUUUAACAUCACCAGCUGCUGAAUCCACAGCUACCACAGCGGCAGCAGUGCCAUCAGCUUCAUCAGCCAUGGCACAGCCGACGAAUACUCCCCUUGUACACAGCAGCAACAGCACCGCAGUCACAGUUACACAAGGAGUGGCCAGUAUCGCAAACCCCACCAACGAAUUUACUACUCUCCCCAUCGCAACUGCCCCUAUCACCAACACAACUACCCCUAUCACUAUCGCAACUGCCCCAAUCACCAACACAACUACUCCAAUCACUAUCGUAACUGCCGCAAUCACCAAUACAGCUACUCCGAUCCCCAUCGUAACUGCCCCAAUCACCAACACAACUACUCCUUUCAUCAUCAUAACUGCCCCAAUCACAAACACAACUACUCCUUUCACCAUCGUCACUUCCCCAAUCACCAACACAACUUCUCCUAUCACCAUCGUAACUGCCCCAAUCACCAACACAACUACUCCGAUCACCAUCGUAACUGCCCCAAUCACCAACACAACUUCUCCUAUCCCCAUCGUCACUGCCCCAAUCACCAACACAACUUCUCCUAUCCCCAUCGUAACUGCCCCAAUCACCAACACAACUUCUCCUAUCCCCAUCGUCACUGCCCCAAUCACCAACACAACUUCUAUCACCAUCGUAACUGCCCCAAUCACCAACACAACUACUCCGAUCACCAUCGUAACUGCCCCAAUCACCAACACAACUUCUCCUAUCCCCAUCGUCACUGCCCCAAUCACCAACACAACUUCUAUCCCCAUCGUAACUGCCCCAAUCACCAACACAACUUCUCCUAUCCCCAUCGUCACUGCCCCUAUCACCAACACAACUACUCCUAUCACCAUCGUAACUGCCCCAAUCACCAACACAACGUCUCCUAUCCCCAUCGUCACUGCCCCAAUCACCAACACAACUUCUCCUAUCACCAUCGUAACUGCCCCAAUCACCAACACAACUUCUCCUAUCCCCAUCGUCACUGCCCCAAUCACCAACACAACUUCUCCUAUCACCAUCGUCACUGCCCCAAUCACCAACACAACUUCUCCUACCACCAUCGUAACUGCCCCAAUCACCAACACAACUUCUCCUAUCCCCAUCGUCACUGCCCCAAUCACCAACACAACUUCUCCUAUCACCAUCGUAACUGCCCCAAUCACCAACACAACUUCUCCUAUCACCAUCGUCACUGCCCGAAUCACCAACACAACUUCUCCUAUCCCCAUCGUAACUGCCCCAAUCACCAACACAACUACUCCGAUCACCAUCGUAACUGCCCCAAUCACCAACACAACUACUCUUUUCACCAACGUAACUGCCCCAAUCACCAAUACAACUACUCCGAUCACCAUCGUAAUUGCCCCAAUCACCAACACAACUACUCUGAUCACCAUCGUAACUGCCCCAAUCACCAACACAACUACUCUUUUCACCAACGUAACUGCCUCAAUCACCAACACAACUACCCCUAUCCCAAUCGUAACUGCCCCAAUCACCAAUACAACUACCCCUAUCCCCAUCGUAACUGCCCCAAUCACCAACACAACUUCUCCUAUCCCCAUCGUAACUGCCCCAAUCACCAACACAACUUCUCCUAUCCCCAUCGUAACUGCCCCAAUCACCAACACAACUACUCUUUUCACCAACGUAACUGCCCCAAUCACCAACACAACUACCCCUAUCCCCAUCGUAACUGCCCCAAUCACCAACACAACUUCUCCUAUCCCCAUCGUAACUGCCCCAAUCACCAACACAACUACCCCUAUCCCCAUCGUAACUGCCCCAAUCACCAACACAACUACCCCUAUCGCCAUCGUAACUGCCCCAAUCACCAACACAACUACUCCGAUCCCCAUCGUAACUGCCCCAAUCACCAACACAACUACUCCUUUCACCAUCGUCACUGCCCCAAUCACCAACACAACUACUCCUAUCACCAUCGUAACUGCCCCAAUCACCAACACAACUUCUCCUAUCCCCAUCGUAACUGCCCCAAUCACCAACACAACUACUUCGAUCACCAUCGUAACUGCCCCAAUCACCAACACAACUUCGCCUGUCCCCAUCGUAACUGCCCCAAUCACCAACACAACUACUUCGAUCACCAUCGUAACUGCCCCAAUCACCAACACAACUUCUCCUAUCCCCAUCGUAACUGCCCCUAUCACCAACACAACUACUCCUAUCACCAUCGUAACUGCCCCAAUCACCAACACAACUACCCCUAUCACCAUCGUAACUGCCCCUAUCACCAACACAACUACCCCUAUCCCCAUCGUAACUCCCCAUAUCACCAACACAACUAUUACGACAGCCACUACUUCCGUGGAAAUCUCUACCACAAGAAACUCUACGACAGUCACAAGCACCACGACUCCCUUGACAACAAAUGCAACUGCGACACAAGUGGAAAACCGGCUCUUUGCCUAUGGAUCACAAGUCGGAGAUGUCAAGAUUUCCCAUGGAGGGAAUGACUAUGUUUCACCUACUUUUAAUAUUCCAUAUGGAUUUCCAUUCGGACUAACAUUCUACAAUUACCUCUAUUUCACGGACAAUGGGGCCUUCAUAUUCCAGGACAAUCGCCAUGCUCCAAAGUUCCCCUUCCCCAACCCACCGUCCAGCGGCUUCCAAAGCAACAGCGCCAACGCAAUAAUCGCCGUGUUUUGGGACGACGCAGACUUGUCCGCAGGGAUUGGGAAUAUCUUCUACCAGGAGUACAACUUAGACGGUUCUCAGAAUCUAGUGCCGGAUAUAGUGACAACACUGAAAAAUGUAAUCGCGCGCGAUUACAGUGCAGUAAAUGCGUUUCAACCAUCCUGGAUCCUCAAAGUAACGUGGGAUAAUGUGCCGGCCGUGACAGAAAACGACAACCCGCAACACACCAACACGUUUCAGGCCAUUCUUGCAACAGAUGGAGUGUUCUCUUUCUGCCUAAGCAUCUUCCAGCACAACAGCAUGAAGUGGCAACCGCUGAACAGGGACCCGAACCUGAACAAGGUUGUCAUGGGUUACCACACGGGAAUAUUCAACGUGUUCUACAACGACCCGAUCAUGACGAAGAGUGUUGCAGUGCGCUACAGCCCGGACAGCGUGGUGGGCAACACAGGCCAAAUGGGCACGUGGUUGUACCGACUGGAAACCAACAGCAUCACUAGCGUGAACAGCAAGCGGGAUUGUCUGCGCUGGGUCAACACAGAGCAGAAGAGUAACUUUUGGUUCUGGAAUCCAUGUCCCUGCUCAUACUGGCAAGGGAGGCUUGACUCUACGUUCAUCAAUGGGGACUUGAUUCAAAACUAUAACUUUCCCACCAAGCAGUUGGAUGGCAUGGCGUACACGCUGCAGAGCGUGUGGCAGAACCCUGACGGAUCGGGCGUGCGCUGUUACUACGACUGGCGAGGCUCCCUCAUCACGGGCCAGCACGAGCGCUUGCUGCCAACGCCCUGGAACCCGCCCAACAACCCCUGGUGGUUCUCCGACUACAACUUGUUCUACUACUACUACAAUGUGUACUUUACGCAGUGGCUGCCGCGCGAAGCAAACACAUACAAACUCCAGGAGGUGCAGCCAUAUACCGACUGCUGCGUGGACUCGGGAGACAGCUCCUACUGCUCGCUCUACUACGAGAAGCGGCCUGCCGACUCCUGCUGGGGGUACAGGCCCCCCCGGUUUGGCUGGAUGUACGGCGACCCGCACAUCACGACCAUGGAUGGCUUGGGCUACACGUUCAACGGACUGGGCGAGUACGAUCUGCUCAUCGCCGACAAUGGAAACGGGACCAAGUUCAGGAUCCAGGGGCGCACGCAGCGCGCCGGCUUCAACCACACGUCCAUGGCCACGAGCUUCGUGGCGCUGGUGGCGUGGCAGUUGGGCAGCCCCGUGGUUGAAUGGAAGUUGAAUGUGGACAACACGACUUCCCUUUACCUGAAUGGCGUUGUCUUCAACGUGAAAGGGAAUCUCACAACGAUAAACGGGACCACGUUGAUGGCGACCAAUGGGAGCCUCCUGGCCUCGUUCUCGUCGGGCGCGUCCGUGACGGUCACGGCCACGGUAGGAGCCCUGCAGUUCCUCAUCUCCCUGCCGGAGACCAUGCGCGACAGGACGACAGGGCUGCUCGGAGUGUUCAACGGAAACAAGACAGAUGACUUCCAGGCUUCCAACGGAACCAUCCUGCCCUUCGAUGGAACCACUCUUCCUUCAGAAUCCAGGAUAUUUUACGAGUUUGGAUCAACGUGGAAAGUGACUUCAAGCAGCUCCCUGUUUCAGUAUGGAAGUGGAGAAAGCUGGGACAUCUUCAACAACAACAACUUUGUUCCAACCUUCUACGAGCAGCUUCUCAGCGAGAGCAAAAACCUCGACACAAUAACAAGCACCUGCAAAGGCAACCAGGACUGCAUAUUCGACGUUCUAAGUACCGGCGACCUAGAUUUCGGCAAAGCAACUGUACAAGCCUCGGAUACUUUUAUGAGCGAAAACAAAAUCAUCAGCAACUCGCCACCCAAUAUCACGGGACGCAACAUCAUCCAAACGCGUUUGAACGAGGCCAGCAGUGUACAAUUGGCCGUCACAGACCCAAACGGGGAUAAUGUCAACAUCAGUAUUACCCCAACGUCUCCAGAUCUAAAUAUUUCAAACGAUGGCUUGGUGACGUGGCGGCCCACCUCGUCCAAGGAGGUGUUCGCUAGGGUCGUGGCCACGGAUGGCGGCCUGGCCCCGACACUGAUGGCGCUCAGCCUCACGCUGUGCAACUGCAGCGCCAAAAGCACCUGCCUCUACUCGGAGCCACUGUACAGCGUGCAACACAACCAGUCCACCUUCCAAGUCGCCGGCUGCAACUGCUCGGACGGCUACACAGGGCAGUUCUGUGAAAUGGACGUGGACGCCUGUGUGACCAACCCGUGCUACCCGGGCAUCAACUGCACAGACCUGCCCCCUCCGUCUCUGGGCUACAAAUGUGGUCCCUGCCCUGCGGGCUACACUGGGGAUGGGGAGAAGUGUCUUGACAUUGAUGAGUGCAACGUCAUGUCCCCUUGCGGCGGUCAUGGAAACUGCAGCAACAGCCCAGGAUCCUUCAGCUGCAGCUGCUUCCCCGGUUACAGAGACCCUCCCAUCUGCCGGGACAUCGACGAGUGUGCAGAGAACAAGUCCAUCUGCAACAACGCCACCGAAAACUGCCUUAACCAAGAAGGGAAUUACAGCUGCAACCCCAAGCCGGGCCUCCCAGGCAACAAGCCGCCAACUAUCAACGGAAGUACCGAGGUUAAAGCGCGGUUGAAUGAGUCGACGAUUCUACAGAUCACGGUCGUGGAUCCCGAGUCAGACCCCAUCACCCUGACGAUCACUCCGAACUCUUCAGACUUCACAAUUUACGCCAACGGCUCGGUGGGGUGGCGGCCCAGCUCCACGCGGGAGGCGUUGGUGUGGCUGGUGGCCUCGGACGGAGGGAAUUCAUCGCGGGUGGCGCUCUCGCUCACCGUGUGCAACUGCAACCGGAACGCCGCUUGCAACUUCUCGCAGCCGCAGCUCAGCAACUCCAACGACUCGCCAUCGUUUCAGGUUGCGAGCUGCCUGUGCUCGAGCGGCUACGCUGGAACCUACUGUGACCAGGACUACGACGCCUGCGGGGAGAGCCCGUGUUUCACCGGGGUGACCUGCACGGACCUGCCCGCGCCAUCGCUGAACUUCACGUGCGGACCUUGUCCUGUCGGGUACAGUGGCAACGGGAGGUCCUGUUUGGACGUUGACGAGUGCGACGGCGCUUCGCCUUGUGGCGGAGGCGGAAACUGCACCAACAGCCCGGGCUCCUUCACCUGCACCUGCUUGCCCGGCUACAGGGGCUACCUGUGCAUGGACGUGGACGAGUGUGUGGAGAACCCAAAUGUCUGCACGAGCAGCCAAAACUGCAUGAACACGCUCGGCGGUUUCCUGUGCACCUGCAAGCUGGGCACAUCAGGUAGUGACUGUACAGAGUCACCGUGCCCCGGCCUGAGCUGCCCUCAGAGCUACUGCGAUAACAACGGCACGUGCAGCAUCAACACAGCCACGUGCAAGCAGCAGUGCUCUUGUGGAGACAGCUACAAGGGAGACAACUGCCAGAACGGCAAGGAGAUCAUUCAGGCCACGUUAAGAAACACAGAUCUGAAAGCGAAAUACCGGCUGGUAUUAGAAUUCUUAAAUGAAAAUUACAGGAAUGAGUUAAAUGAUACCACAAGUGAUGACUACACAGUGUAUGCCAAGAACCACACCAAGGCUGUUGCAGACAAAUUGAGUGUGAUUGAGAUUUAUGACAGCACAGCUCUCGCAGGCUUUAGUGGAACCAGUGGCUCGCAGCUGACAACCGUGGUCAUAGCCAGUUUCAAAUAUACGUCCCAAGCAAAUGUGUUAACCAUCUACAACGGCACACUCGAGCAACGCAUUAAUGGUUCGUUUAGCAAAAAUAGAGUACUGGAACCCAUCCACCUGAAAAAUCUUACAGUGGAAUCAAUCGUUCCCAGAGACGUCCUCCUCAACUACUACAGCUGCGACACAGUCUUCAAAGGCUACGUUGUAACCCUCGACAGCGCACAGGGAGUCAUCUGCAAGUCCCCGUGCAGCGACACCAACUACUGCAAAAACGGUGGCACCUGCCAGCACCUAGCAACUGGAGUCCAGUGCACAUGUCCUGCAAACUUCAACGGGCAGCUUUGUGAGAAUGAUGUGACCGGAGUGAGCCGUGGAGUGUUCUUUGGCGUGCUGUUUGGAGUGCUGGGAGGAUUGCUGCUGCUGCUGCUGCUGGGGCUGCUGGCCUUCUGUCUCUGCAAGAAGCAAAAGAAUUCACUCAACUCUGACAAGCAUGGCAUUUUGAGGUCCUCUUCAAGAGGCUCCUACGUGCCCUGGUUAACAUCAAUUAGCAACACUGAUCUUGGCAGCAAACAUCCGGUCAUCCUCAAAAGCUGGAAAGCCAGACAAGAGCCCAUCGAUAUCACCAAGAUUGUCACCAAGCGGCCGACAGCAGUGCAUCCCGAGCCAGGUUACAAGUCCUUCUGACAGCCGCGGGGAGCGUGCUGGGGGCGAGGGGGGAGGGCGGCGUCUCGAGAUCAGGGCGGAUCCACAGUGAUGCUACAGCUGCUGAUCUCUGACGGCGAUAAUAAUUUAAGAAUUUGAACGCAUUGAGACACAACCGGCUCGCGUUUCUUAAACAAACCUGAGAGUAAUACUUUGAUCCAUUCAUCUUCGACAACAUCCUUGGGUGACCUUCAUAUCUUGCGCAAAACCACUAUCAACCUUUGUAUCACUUGCGAUUUACCGUUGUUUUGCAUCAUUCUAUACAUGUACACGUAUGACCCUUUGUCAUUCCACUGCUGGAUGAUGACCUCCCCACGCCAUACGGGUAGUGGGGGCUGUUUGAGCAUUCUUCACCACGUUGGUCAAGGCAGGUUGCUGAAGGUGGGGAAAGUAGAAGUGGGAGUAUCGAAGUACAGUAUAAUGGAAUUUGUAUCGUUGUACACACUCCCGAAUCUUUGUUGCUCCAGAACGACUCGUGCAGUUUUCAAGAUUGCGUCAGCUCAGACUUGUCACAACUCCAGCACCAUUACCCACAUGUCGAUUGUCAAAGUCAACCGAUAAUAAGUAAAAUAACAUAGUUACUGCUAACAUAAGUAUUAAUAACACAUUUAUAACAAAUGUAAUAAACAUUAAAACAUUAUUACCGCAGCCAUAGCAUUGCAAAAGUGCGUGGAUCGACGACGUCACACCGGCCGCGUUGCACGGCGUUGUCUUCCUGACAGCCGAUUGGCUGGUGGGAGUGACGACAUUUUCUCUAGCAACCUGUGCCGUGUCCACAGCAUUGCCAUCUUACUUGGACUCGCAUAUUUCCUUACAUUUUGUGUACGUUUUGACUAACGGCAUUACGGAUCUUACUACAAUCGCGCCUGCCCAUAUUUUAUGAGCAUUUUCUAAACUCGUGCCUCAGGUGACGAAGACUUGUUAACCUGAAUAUGCAACUAUUAUGUGAUGCCUUGGAAGUACUGCACUUUACGAUAACACUGUUGCGCCGAUGUUGAAUACGAUAACCGUAAAAUGUAUGUUCAUGUAAUUCCGGUAUAUGUAAAUGUACACAUAUAUGCUUAGACAGGCAGUUGUUGAGUGUAAAUUACCACUCUGUGAUGGUGGUGACAUCACCGCUGCAUCUGUGGCAGGGUUUGUGUAAGCUGAAUCACAAAUUGUGGUUCGAGGUCUCUGCCAGGUGGCAGAUGAACUGGCAAAAAAUUGUGGAGUGUUUGUAUGUGUGGUUGCAGUGUACUGCGCGUCUUGUAUGAAUGUGGUAUACAGCCUAUAUAGUUUAUGAGAAAAAAAUACAUGACACCAUAUUUUACUUUACCGCACUGAUCAUUGCGAGUUGGAGGAGUGUGAAGGCCCAGGACGGGUUCUUGAUCCGCCAAGGAUGUUGGCCAGUGGCUGGGAAUCAAACUCAGGUUGCCGGGUUCAACGCAUAGUGCACUAACCACUGUUCCACUCCUCCACCCCCUCCCCAAUGGUGACGCUUACACUGAGCAUGCACGCAAACAUCGGUCACCUUUAUUUCCAGUGCAACCAGGUAGAUUCAAAACAUAGUUCGCUCUGCAAGACCACCUCAGAUCCUCUGCUCGUGGAGUACCCUUCAAACCCAGCCAUCUUUAACCAGGAAAGUCUCGGCCACCUUCGAGGCUAGAUACAACUGCUGCUGAACUUUGCCUUUGCAGGUUCAAAGGCAAAGUCCAUAUGCUCGAUGGCAGGUGCAGCAUCCCGCUGGUAUUCAAACAACCUUCAUGUUCUCCACGAAUAAAACCAAUACAUAUACAAUGCACAUCCUGCACAUAUCUGACCCUCCACAUAUACAACAAAAAUAUGUUUUGUACAUUCCAUAAGCCAGCCUUCUGGGAGUACAUAUUAGCAGCAUUUGGCAACACAAGAAAACUCUAGACAAGCCUUUGUUUGAAGACCUCUCCACGCCAUGACAUGUGAGUUAGCUGACCAUACUUCACCGUGCUGGCCAGUGCAGGUGGACAGGGUGGUCGUCGGACCAUAAGAUUAUAGAACAGUGGAUGUGCUGCAUUGGCACCCACGUAGACACGAAGCUGUCGAGAACAACCCGGCAUGUGCAGUGGUCAACCCAUCCACGCACUAUCCAGGCUCAAGGCUGCUGAGCCUCUGGAGUCUGACGAGAUUGGAAACAUUCCUGGAGAUUUAGUCCGAGGCCCUUUGCCGUGAUUCGCCAAAUGCCAAACAUGCAACUGGCACUUUUUAAUUGGGGAAAGCAUGUCAACCAAUUAAAACUGCAAUUCAGAUGAAAAUAACUUGCUUUCCUUUUUUUAAAAGGGAUGCCAUUUAAUCGACACUGGGAUGGUGAUGGGAAAUUCAGUUUCACUUCUUUGAUGUAGUACAUAAUUAAGCUAUAUUUAUGAAACCAAUCAAUAACAACCCUUAACAUAAACACAGAAUGUCUUUUUUUUCGAUUAUCAUUUUGACAUUUCCGAACUUCUGCAACAGCCUACAGCAUAUUAUAAAACUGGAGAUUUCAGACAGUGAACUCGUUGGGUAGACUGAUAACGAUUCAACAAUAACGUUCACAAAUCGACAUUCGCUCUUUUCCUGGAAAUCAUGCCGCCUUGGAUAAUGAUCACAAAUGAAUUAUAAAUAGUCAACUGGGACAAGGGAAAGAGCAGUCUACAUGUCAGAUUCAACACAAUUCAACACAACUUUAACACAUGCAAUUACAGUUAUAAACGUCAAUUGGUUUAUAUUCUAAAUAUUAACUUUGUAACUAUCUGUCUACACCUUCAUCGAGUCGGUGAAGUCUUCAUUGUGUCUCUAUGCUUGGAUCUGGUUCAUAAAUAUCUGGCUCGUUGCAGUUUUUGGUAACAGUUAAUCUGCAAUUAAGAACCAAAAUAAGUGAUUGUGAUGAUGUGUUUUAUUUCUAAUUAAAAAGGGCUCGAGAAACAA